GCGUCACAACUAUCGAUGGAGCCGGAGCAAGCUGCAAGCACCGAGACCGAGUCCGGUAUUGACCUGUUGGUCAUCGUGCUGGACACGAACCCAUCUCAGCACAUUGUCCGCCAGAACCCGCAGAACCUUACACAGAUCCUGGAGGCGGUGAUCGCUUUUGGCAAUGCGCAUCUCAUGCAAAAGGCUCAGAACAAAUUGGCGGUCAUAUCCUGCGCCCAUCACGCAACAAAUUUCCUCUACCCACAGCCAAGGCGUCAGGUGGAACUUCGCCAGAUCGACGGCCAGUACGAGGCCUUCAGCUUGGUGGAGAAGACGGUGAAGCAGCAGCUGGGCAGCAUUCUGAUGAAUGCGCCUCGCCUUGGUUCACCCUGUGAGAGCCUGCUGGCUGGCAGUAUGGCCAUGGCCCUUUGCUACAUAUCAAGAUUGCAACGGAAUGUGGCCGCCGGCGUAAAGAUGCACUCUCGCAUCCUGGUGCUGACGGGCAGCAAUGAGUGCUCCUCCCAAUACAUGACGUUCAUGAAUGUCUUCUUUACCGCACAAAAGCUUGGCAUUACAAUUGACACCUGCGCUUUGGAUAAAACCCUAAGCCUGCUGCAGCAAGGCUGUGAUAUCACCACGGGCCAGUUCCUAAAGGUCACCCAAUUGGAUGGCCUGCUUCAGUAUCUACUGUGGGUGUUUCUGCCGGCACCGCAGAUGCGUCACAAAUUGGUAUUGCCGCCACCGCCAAAGGUUGACUAUCGCGCCUCCUGCUUCUGCCAUCGAGAGCUCAUCGACAUUGGCUACGUCUGUUCCGUUUGCCUAUCUGUGUUCUGCAAAUAUAGCCCCAUUUGCACCACAUGCCACACAAUUUUCAAAACUCCGGGACCACUGCCUGUAAAGGGCAAAAAGAAAAAAAAGGAUAAACAAAUGUAGCUGCCACCACGGUAAAUAU